AUGGCUGAAGCGAACGCAAUCAUGACGUUGACAGAGCAUGUCCCCGAGUUCGAGACGCUGCAAGUUCACGCAGGACAGAAGCCCGACUCGGCAACUCUGGCCCGAGGCGUGCCCAUCUACCAAACCUACGUCUUCAACUUCCACAGCUCUGCCCACGCCGCAAGACUAUUCAACCUCGAGGAAGAGGGUGAGAUAGCCACACGCACAGGCAAUCCGACCACCGCAGUCGUAGAGCGCCGCGUGGCCGCGCUCGAGGGCGGUGUUGCAGCUGUCGCUGUGUCGUCUGGCCAGGCAGCCGUCUUCAUGACGAUGAUUGCUCUGGCCGGGCACGGCGAGAACAUCGUGGCAAGCAAGCAUUACUACCAUGGAGCGUACAAUCAAUUCUCAUUCCUACUUCCCGAGUUUGGAGUUGACUGCCGGGUUGUCGAAGAGACAGCUGAGGCGGUGCGGAAAGCCAUUGACGAUCGCACCAAGGCGGUCUACAUCGAGACAGUCGGCCAUCCCAACUUCAACGUUCCUGACAUCGAAGCCCUAGCCAAAGUUGCACAUGAAGCCGGCGUGCCUCUUGUGGUUGAGAAUACUGUCGGGUGCGCGUACUUCUGCCAGCCUAUCAAGCACGGCGCCGACAUUGUGGUCGAGAGCAUGAGCAAAUGGAUCGGCGGCCACGGGAGCGCCACAGGCGGCAUCAUCGUCGAUUCGGGCAACUUCAACUGGAAGGACUCGACGCGUUUCCCACAGUUCAACAAGCCUUGUCCUGGUUUCCAUGGUCUCAACUUUAGUGAGAGGUUUGGGCGAGAAGCCUUCAUCAUGCGCAUUCGAGGCCAGAUUCUGCGUGACGUGGGCUCAUGUUUGUCCCCGUUUAAUAGCCAGCAGUUUAUUCUUGGCAUCGAGACAUUAAGCUUGAGGUGCGAGAGACAUGCUCAGAAUACUAUUGCCCUUGCUACGUGGCUUGAGAGGCACGAGAAUGUGGAGUGGGUCUCAUAUCCAGGUCUACCGAGCCAUCCACAUCAUGAGCUCGCGCAGAAGUAUCUCCCUCGGGGAGCUGGAGCUGUGUUGAUGUUUGGCAUCAAGGGUGGAGCAGAUGCUGGAGAGCAGCUGGUUGACAACUUCAAGAUGAUCUCGAAUAACCCUGGAUAUGGUGAUGCCAAAACCACAGCUAUGCAUCCUUGGUCGACCACACAUAGACCAAUGCUGCCGCAUGAGAAGAUUGACCUGGGUGUUGCACCGGAAAUGGUAAGGGUGUCCGUUGGUAUUGAGCACAUCAAGGACAUCAUGUAUGAUAUUGAGCAGAGUAUGCGGCCCCAAUUCUCCAGGUUCCCGACCAUGUCCUCCUCCGUGGCUGAUGUGCCCAUUUUCAAGUGGGGCCAGUCCUUGGCCCGAUGA